CAAAAACACUCCUCCAGUCUUCAUAUCCUUUUCAUCUCCUCUGACUGAGCGCCUAUUUUCUCCCGUCCCGAUUCACCUCCUGAAACACGCAAGACAGUUUUACCUGAACAAACGGGAAGCCUUCCAAAACCUACCAUCAGAUUCGCCCUCCGAUCAACCCUCCACAUAAACCCCCUUCACAUCGCCCUCACCUUCCACAAACCGACAACUGCACCUCUACGGCUAACGAACCACACCACCCACCAUGGCCAGCCCCGGCGCAACCAAACGCCUCACCAAAGAAUACGCCCGCAUUUCCAAAUCCCCGCCCCCCUUCAUCAUCGCCCACCCCUCCGACUCCAACAUCCUAGAAUGGCACUACAUCCUCACCGGUCCGCCAGACACCCCCUACGAAGGCGGCCAAUACUGGGGCACCCUCCUGUUCCCUCCAAACUACCCCUUCGCGCCCCCCGCGAUCCGCAUGCACACCCCCUCGGGCCGCUUCCAACCCUCGACGCGGCUGUGCCUCAGCAUCUCGGAUUUUCACCCCAAGAGCUUCAACCCGACGUGGGAAGUGAGCACGAUCCUGAACGGGCUGCUGAGUUUCAUGACGAGCGAGGAGAUGACGACGGGGAGUGUGCGGGCGUCGGAGCAGGAGAGGCGGCUGUUUGCACAACGGACGAGGUGGUGGAAUAGUACGGGUGGGGGAACGCGGUUUUCGGGGAAUGCAACACCCGCGGGGGGAUCCCGUGGGGUGGGCGCGAUCAAGAGCGGGGAUGGGGGCGCAAAGUUCAGACAGGAGUGGCCGGAGCUGGAUGAGGAGAAUCUCAGGUGGUUGAAGGAGCGCAAGAUCGAUCUGGUGACUGGGGCGGCCCCUGCGGCACCGCAUUGUUUGCCCGAGGUCGCGGGACUGAGGAGGAGACCGAAUACAAGUGCGACGGGUGUGGAUGCGGUGGUGCAAGGUGGACAGCAGGCUAGGGACGUGGGGCAGGGGCUAUUGGGCAAGCACAAGUGGAAGAUCUUGACGUGCCUGAUUCUGGGGUACAUUAUGAUUGCGAGGCUGCUGGGCGAUGGCAAUGGGGAAUGAGGGAGCAUUCCCGGGGUUACCGUCUGUGGCGUUUUUGGAGUUUCUGGGGAGCAUAUCUGGGCUCAACGGUAUCCAAGCGUAUGAGCAGAGAAUGGUCCUGACCUGCGUGGUCUGCUUCGUCUUAGGUAUAUCAUUGAUAUUGAGAGGGCACAUGGUCUACUCGGUGGCAGGCCGUUUCUCAGACAACGAUGGGAGACCGGUGAUGAGGCUGUGAGAGCGUGGAUCUCCUAUCAAUCAUUUCUAUAUAGAUUCUAACCAUUUAUAUGGAAGAUUUAUGGAUAAUGGACCGCACGCGACAAAAUCAAGCCACUGC